GUCUCGAGAACACACCACCGCACCAAGCUGUGCAGAACAAGUGAAGGGUCCAAACUUUCAUUCUUUGCGUUUUAACCGCUUUGACAACAUGUCCAAACCUCUCACCGACCAGGAGAAGCGAAAGCAGAUCAGUGUCCGCGGUAUAGCUGGCCUGGGAGAUGUUGUCGAAAUCAAAAAGAGCUUUAACAGGCAUCUUCACUUUACUCUGGUAAAAGACCGCAAUGUGUCCACUCCACGCGACUAUUACUUCGCACUGGCGCACACGGUCCGGGAUCACCUGGUGGGCCGCUGGAUCCGCACUCAGCAGUAUUACUAUGAAAAGGACCCGAAGCGCAUUCACUAUCUGUCUUUGGAGUUUUAUAUGGGCAGAACUCUACAGAACACAAUGAUUAAUCUCGGGCUGCAGAAUGCAUGUGAUGAGGCCAUCUACCAACUUGGACUGGAUUUGGAAGAGCUGGAGGAGAUUGAGGAAGAUGCUGGACUGGGAAACGGGGGUCUUGGGCGCCUAGCAGCUUGUUUCCUGGACUCUAUGGCAUCUCUGGGUUUGGCAGCGUAUGGUUAUGGCAUUCGUUACGAGUUUGGCAUCUUCAAUCAGAAGAUCAACGGCGGCUGGCAGGUAGAGGAAGCUGAUGAUUGGCUUCGCUAUGGUAACCCCUGGGAAAAGGCCCGUCCAGAGUACAUGCUGCCUGUGCAUUUCUAUGGCCGAGUGGAGCAAACACAUGAAGGACCAAAGUGGGUUGGCACCCAGGUGGUGCUUGCGAUGCCCUAUGACACUCCUGUGCCUGGUUAUAAAAAUAACACUGUAAACACUAUGAGAUUGUGGUCGGCCAAAGCACCUAAUGAUUUCAACCUGCAAGAAUUUAAUGUGGGUGAUUAUAUCCAGGCUGUUCUGGACCGAAACCUGGCGGAGAACAUCUCACGAGUGCUCUACCCCAAUGACAAUUUUUUUGAAGGAAAAGAGCUUCGGUUAAAGCAGGAGUACUUUGUGGUGGCUGCUACACUUCAGGAUAUUAUCAGACGGUUUAAAUCAUCAAAGUUCGGCUGCAGAGACCCUGUGCGCACCUCUUUUGAGGCGUUCCCUGACAAGGUGGCGAUCCAAUUGAAUGACACCCAUCCAGCGCUGGCGAUUCCUGAGCUCAUGAGAAUCCUGAUGGAUGUAGAAGGUCUGGACUGGGAAAAGGCAUGGGAGAUCACCACAAAGACAUGUGCGUACACAAACCACACAGUGUUACCCGAGGCUCUGGAGCGCUGGCCUGUUUGUUUGUUUGAGAAGCUUUUACCACGUCACCUGCAGAUCAUCUAUGAGAUCAACCAGCGACAUCUGGAUAGAAUUUCUGCGCUGUAUCCAGGCGAUGUUGAUCGGUUAUGCAGGAUGUCUCUUAUCGAGGAGGGCGAUCCAAAGAGAAUCAACAUGGCACACCUUUGCGUGGUAGGUUCACACGCUGUCAACGGAGUCGCAAGGAUUCACUCGGAGAUUGUCAAAAACACUGUGUUUAAGGACUUCUGUGACAUAGAACCUGAGAAAUUUCAGAACAAGACAAAUGGCAUCACACCUCGCCGCUGGCUGCUGCUUUGUAACCCCGGCCUGGCUGACAUCAUCGCUGAGAAAAUUGGUGAGGAUUUUCUGACAGAUCUGUUCCAACUGAGAAAGCUGUUGGACUUCCUUGAUGAUGAAAUGUUCAUUCGGGAUGUGGCCAAAGUUAAACAGGAGAAUAAGCAGAAGUUUGCAGCGUAUCUGGAGAAUGAAUACAAAGUGAAGAUAAACCCAGAGUCCAUAUUUGACGUUCACGUCAAGAGAAUUCAUGAGUAUAAGAGACAACUGCUCAACUGUCUUAAUGUCAUCACUUUCUACAACAGAAUCAAGAAGGAACCGAACAAGAAGUUUGUUCCCAGGACCGUAAUGUUUGGUGGAAAGGCAGCACCAGGCUAUCACAUGGCAAAGAUGAUCAUCAAACUCGUCACAUCUGUAGGGGACGUUGUGAAUAAUGAUCCCAUUGUGGGAGACAGACUGAAGGUCAUUUUCCUGGAAAACUACAGGGUUUCACUGGCUGAGAAAAUCAUCCCUGCCGCCGACCUCUCCGAGCAGAUCUCCACGGCAGGUACAGAAGCUUCCGGUACAGGAAACAUGAAGUUCAUGCUGAACGGCGCUCUGACCAUCGGCACUAUGGACGGAGCCAACGUGGAAAUGGCAGAAGAAGCAGGAGAGGAAAACCUCUUCAUCUUUGGCAUGAUGGUGAAGGAUGUGGAGGCCAUGGACAGAAAGGGAUAUAAUGCCAGAGAAUAUUAUGAGCGCCUGCCUGAGUUGAAACAGGUGAUGGAUCAGAUUAGCACUGGAUUCUUCAGCCCCAAAGAGCCUGACCUUUUCAAAGAUGUGGUCAAUAUGUUGAUGAAUCAUGAUAGGUUCAAAGUGUUUGCAGAUUACGAGUCUUAUAUCAGCUGUCAAGAGAAAGUUAAUGAACUCUACAGGAAUCCAAAAGAAUGGACCAAAAAAGUUAUCAAGAACAUUGCCGCUUCUGGAAAGUUCUCCAGUGACCGCACUAUCACAGAGUACGCCCGCGAGAUCUGGGGGGUGGAGCCGUCUGAUGUGAAGAUCCCACCACCCAAUGAACCUCGUGAAUGAGGAACCUCAGUGGUUUGAUGAUGUCAGUGGAACGUGCUCGCCUCACCCUGAACCUCCGUCAUUGUGUUGGUGUGCCUUGACUGAUGUCACCUGAUUGAAAACUUCAGGUUGUCUCUAACUAUGCAUAAAUACAGGUGGAACCUGCUUGAAGUGCAUUACUGUAAUAUAACAUACACUCAAGGAAAAUACUUACACCGUAGACAUAUUUGCAAUCACUGUUAGGAUACUGUUACUUUCAUGUGCUGUAAUACCUUUAUUCGCAUGCGAGUUGUUGGUAAUACGAGACUAAUUCAGGCCUGUCUCAGUAAAAUAAGACGCUUGGUUUAGUCUCUCUUCUAACAAAACUAAACUUGCUUCUCUUUGUAAAGUCUUUGUUUUUAUGCUUUACUCAUGCUACCUUUUAAGGUGGGGAUUGAGACUCCUUACAACUUUAAGAUUUCAAAAACAGUAAGAUACAACUAGAUCCCCUAAAUAUUUUGUGGUUUAGGCGUAUUUUUACUAGCUUUAAAAACCGCAGACGCUGAUGUGUGUGAAGUCAGUAGAAAUGUGUCUUUCUGCAUUAAAAUACAUACAGUACAGUAGUGCUCUGUAACCUGUAAUCGAACUGAACCGCCUUAAAUGCAAACAGCAUUAACGUUAUACUCCAUUAUGCAUGUUGAUUCUGUACGUGACACAUUUGCUGGCUCACAGUGUUCAGUAUCCACAUGAUGGAUGUUUUAUAAAUGUAAGCUUUCACAUAUAAGUUAAAAGGUGCCUGUGUGUUACAGUGCAAUAUUAAAAACGAAUAAAAAUGUCCUUUUGUAAACA